CGCUUCUUACAGGGCCUACUUCUACUUCCAUUACUACUACUUCUACUACUGCUACGACUCUGCGUCUGUUGUCGUCGACUGCUUCUGUUUGUUUGUCUGUCUGGCUGUCUCGUAUCUCUCCCUGCCCGUCCUCUCUUUACGUGCUACAUUGCCAGCGUCAUGGAAGUUUCGACUCCAGAUUUCAAGUCCGAGUUCGGACCUGUCCUUCCUUUCCAUUCCAUCCCAUUUCCACCCCGCCCGGCAGUCUGAAGCGAUCGAGAGCAGAGCUGCCGGGAAUGGGUUGAAGCACAUUCUCCCGUCGAGUCCAUUCAAUCCUUACUUCUACCGCUGUGUGGCUGCCUGCUGGGUGGUGGUGGUGGUGGAGGAGGUGGUGGCAGAGUAGAAAGGACGGAAGGAAUGGAGUAAGGGUGGAACUCCUGACCCAAAAGAUCAACGAAGUAAACCGAGGAGUAGAAAACAUGGGAUCAGAUGGGCACGAACCUUGGGAUAGUAGGAAGGGCAAGGGAGAAGGGAGGGGCAGAAUCAUGUGCGAAGGCAAAACUGGGAGAGCAAGAGUGAGUGAGUGAGGGAGCGAGCGGGAGUAAGUGCAGUGAGUAAGUAAGAAGUAGAGGCUGUCAGGGGUGGUCAGUUGGGCUUUGACAUUUCGAUAAGGUGUUCCAGAGAAAAGCACCGCGAUGUAAGGAAGGAGGAGCGAUCUAUGAACGGAUUUCGAGGUUGGUGCUCCCCCAUGUCAAGACCAUCAAGCGCUGAGACGGAUUCCAUUGGAUAGGAGUGCACUGGGCCGGCUGUCCCUGUUGGGUGCUUGGGGCGCAUCAAGCAAGCAGCAGAUGCAGCUGAGCAGACCUGGACGUCGUCAACAAGCGAGAGAUGCUGUGGAGGCGCACGUCGCAGCCGAUGACGAUGGGCUCUCACCUACAGUCUGUAAUAUUAGGCUGACAGUUGCUAUUUUGGCCCGAGAAUCGCUUGGCCUCAUUCGCGACGACUUCACUUCUCCAACAGUGACCUCCUCCGUCCCCACCGGACCCUUCUCUUCCCAUCUCCUUCCAUUUCAUCCCAAUCCAUCCCAUUCCGGAGGGAAAGAUUACCUCCUCGAAGCGCUGCAGACUCUCAGGGUCAAAAAGCCACAUUAAUGCCCUUCAGCUCAACCCGUAACAAUGUGCCACUGACUCUCAGAGAAGAGAAGAAACUAAUCGGGAAUAUCGGGUGGAUGAUCGGGGGACAGCUCCGCGCACGAAACGCUGGCAAUGAACGGCGAGGAAAGACGGCUCACGUUGUACAGAGCGAGUGAAGUUACAAGUUACUACACGAUCGUGAUGCCCCUUCAGUGCCUCGCGGCAGCGACUUGGAACGCGCUGAUGGCUGCGGGCAACACCACCAUCAGCAGCAGCAGCAUCAGCUCAGGGAGAAUCGGCGUGCUGCUGGUGUGCCACUGUCCCUAGCAGAGAAGCGUGAGGGAGCGCACGUGAAUCGAAUCGGCGUCUAGUGCAUCUCUGUGACCGGCCCUCCUCCCGCUCUUCGUCCUGCUCGUCGUCGUCGUCCGCCUGAGGUGCAAUUCUCAGAAUUAGAUUCUCCCUUCUUCCUCGAGGGGGAGGACUGAAUUUACCUUCACCUUUAUCAUCUUCUCUCUCUCUCUCUCUCCCUCUCUCUCUUCUGCGAAACGUCCUCCCAGCUGCUGCUAGCACACAACGCUUUCACUAGCUAGCUCUCUCACGGUGGCCUCAGAGUCUUGUGAGUCAAGCUCGCUUCAUGAUCGCCACUGUGCAUCUGACAGCCCUGGGCCACCUUCCCAUGAACGCGGUUCCGAGUCGUUAACCCCCUGGAGAAGCGCAGCAGGCAGAUCUCAUAAAACCAUGUGUCCUACAUUGUGAGAUGUCUUAGUGACAGACUUUCUCUAAAACCUCCUCGCUCCCCUCUUCCCUUCACUUCCCAGUCCUCUCCUCCCUCUCGUUAUCCGAAUCCACGGCCCCUCAGCAGCAGCAGCAGCAGCAGAAGCGGGAGCAUUCUCAGCUCAGCGAAUCGACCAUUCCUUCAGACGGAAGCGGGGAAUUCAUUCCCAGAACCCCUUCCCGGAUUCAUUUAUGUUCCAGCCAUCCGGGAGCUCUUCUCAGCUCCGUAUGCUCAGAUUUGCCGGAGAUUCAUAACACCCAUCGCCGUUCCCUUAGAAUUCGCAACGUUGCAGCAGCGAUGGCAAUCAAGGCUUCUUCUGGCUGUGCACGGACGAGGUUGUGCGCUGUCAUUACAUUCCUAGUCCUAUUAAAAUUUCCCUCCGUUUCGUGCAGCAGGCCGAUGCCAAGAGGCUCCAUCUUCCAUCUCUUCUCUAGCUGGGUUCAAAACCACGACAGUAGAUUGCAAAACCCCUCAUCCUCUCUCUCUCCAGCCCACGGCGGCGUGCCAGAACAGAUUCCAUACUCUCCCACAGUCGGAAAUCAGGAGCAACCUCACCAGCAUCAGAUGUCCACCACCACGACUGCAGAAACUCUCCAGGACAAGGCUUCAGAUUCGGAAUCACACAAGGAUUCAAAUCUCGGAAUGACGGCGGGCGAUGAAAGCGCCAGACGUUUGCGGAGGCCGCCCGCAUUCCAAAUGCUACCGAGAAACACUCGACCUCCGCCGAGAGGGCCCAGUCCAGGAAGCAAUAGUUUGGGGAGCCCGUGAAUCCGAGCUGAGCUUGCAUGCAUGUCCGUGGACGAAGGGAGUCUUGUGUGGAUUUCGUCUCCAGGCGGAGAAGAUUCUGAAUCGGCCGUCCGGAUCCGCCCGCCCUGUCUUGGUGAAGUUACUCAUUCUGAUCAGCAUGCAGUUCAUUUCAGGGCACUCCCUGUCUGGCGUCGGAGACUCGGGAGCGCAAUUCGGCGAUGGCCUCAGAUGGGCCCACGAAAAGCUCGAGCGCAAUUCUCCAAGGAUUCGACGACAACGACGGCGGCUACCCUGGCUGCGAAUCUAAUGUAAUCAACGACUAGCUGGAUCCUCGGACAGACGAUACGGCGGGCAGCUGCGGAGAUGAACGAAGGAGCUACACGGCUGUGGACUGCCUCAUAUUUCAAAGGCUGUGCAGGGAUUCCCACCGCAGACAGGCAGCAAGAUGCGAGAAGCCGAGUGGAGUGUACGAGUCUAAGCGCAGAUCAGGCCAGGCGUGCUAUGGACGAUAAGGGUCGAGUUUUGUUUUCGGAGCUGCGAAAAAAACGCACUCGAUGCACGGAUGGAUCUCGAUCGCUAAUAGCUACAGAAACUUCCGGAGCUCAAGUGCUGGAGUCAAUUGUAUGUAGCGAUUUUGUUGACGAUUGUGAAAUUAGGAAUAUAGUGACAGUUUGUAAAAAGAAAAGAGGCUACUUAUCCUCAUCAAAUACUUAUGCUUCCGUGGCUGUCGGGAAGCCUGUGUAACAUUCAUAUACUAGAGUGAGCUCGAUCGAUCUCAAGCGUAUAUCAAAUUUAUUACUUACGGUGCAUUUCCGAAGAUUGAAUUAGAACUUUCUUCUGACUGCACUUUACAACCAUUCUUCUGUUUAAAAUAUGUUCCAACUUAAUAAAGAUCAAAGACCACUACAGGGGG